CCGGGCCGCCCCAUAAAGCGCCGCCGCCCCGAUCGCCGCCGCACCAUGGACCGGCUGCGCCCCGCCGGGAUCUCGGGACCCCCUGCCCGGCUCCUCCUGCCCCUGCUCUGCUGCGCCCUGGCCGCCCGCUGCACGGGUGCCAUGGCCCUGAAGCCCCCCAGCAUCACCGGCCUGCGGACGCCGGCAGAGCCCCCCCACCCAGGCGAGAGCGUGACGGUCUCAUGCGAGGCGGUGAGCAGCCUCCCCGAGCUCACGCUGCUCUACUGGCUGGGGAACGGCUCCUUCGUGGAGAAGCUGCACCCGGACGGGGCCGUGAGCGAGGGAACGGUGCUAGAGGAGCCGCGGGGCUCAGGGGUAGUGCUGUGCCGUGACCUGCACUUCAGCUCCUUCGGUGCCCAGCACCUCUACACUAACUUCACCUGCGUGGUGCUCAGUCCCCUCGGCGUUGACACCAGGGAGGUGCGGUGGCCGCCCCCGGCCCCAGCCCGGGCCCCUGCCGAGAGCGGGGGACUGGGCUGAGACCGGGGAGCAACUCGUGACGGGUGAGCGCCCUGCAGUGCAGGUCCCCGCUCCCACGGCCCUGCACUGCUGCGUGGGGACGUGACGCCUCCAUGGAGGUCUGUCUCCGUGCCCCGCCGUGGGGUCCGCACGGCCCCGCGUCUGCCGGCCCUGCUGUGUGUGGGGCUCCCGGCACCCCUCGCUGAGCCGGGACCACUGCCCAGGCCGACCCUGGGACCUGCCCACAGCCGGCUGUGGGACCCCAGGGUUUAAUAAAGCAUGUGAAGGCU